CAUGCAGGUCAAAGAGUCAUACAAAGCCCAGGUAGUGUGUGUGGUGAAAUCAUUACAGGUAUUACAGUACCUUACAGGUAAAUAAUAGAAGCAUUCAGGUGUGACGCCAAAGCUCGCUCCCUUUCCAUCAGACGUAAUACCUCUCGCUUUGCUAUAGAGAGAUUAAAAGCAUUGUCGUUCCGCCUGAGUAGAAGAAAUUUUCCCUGCUUUUACGUCUGACAGCCACAGCGAUCUGUUGACAGUCGAACGAGAACAGCGAAAACAACUACAGGUCUGGGAGUAACACGAGAGGCUGAUCAAUAAGUACUGGCUACAAUCGACCAAAGGUGUAUCUACCAACAAGCAAAUGUAAACAACCUACAGACAAAUAGUGGAGAAAAAUGAAAAAUUCCUUCUAGUGUGAAGAAGGGAAGAUUUUCCGAUCGAAUUUCUGUAGUAUCCUAGAACAUAACAAAAGGUUUGUGUCAGUGGAUUAGUUCUUCGACAAUAGAAAAUGAAUCUUCGGAAGACAAAAUUGUUCAAGACCAUAAAUACAGGUAAUCCCAAGCAAGUGAUGGGUGCCUUGUGGGAAUACCUGAAAACAGGCAAAGAUGUGAACCUGAGAGACGAGGAAACGGGAGGAAAUCUCCUUCACCUACUGGUGAACCAUGGGGAGAAUUUCGCGGACCCUGAAACUGUUCAAGCUAUCUAUAUGUUGGUCUGUAAGGACAUAGAUAUCGACGCCACUGAUAACACUGGGGAGACUGGUCUCCAUAAGGUGAUGAGAAAGAAGGGGACCUACCGAAUCAUGAUGGCCCUGAUCAGAUGUGGUGCCGACACCAGGAUACUUAACAAUGACGGUAAAACGGCCGAGGACGUUCUAUUGACGGAGAAGCCAGAAGGAUGGGAAGAAAUGUACCAUUGGUACAAAAAAUUCAAGCCAGGACUGUGGGCCGCGCUCUCUGAGGAAAACCCAGACCGGAAGCUGGUGCAGCGCUUGCUCAGACAAUGGUGCCGUCUGACGUGCGUGAAAAAUGGCAAGGUAGUAAAUGUAAAAUCCCUUGUGAAGGACGAUAUUCACAAGGUCGACCUCUUGCAUAUGAUCGAGGAAUACGAAAAUCCAAAUGAGAUGUGUCUCGCUCUGAAUGCUGGGUUUGGAUUCAUCGUAAAAAGCUGGGUUAAGCAAGGAAUUGAACUCCUGAAAGGCGUUGACUGUGACGCUAAGGAUUACUCCUAUCAACACAAGUACCCAGAAUUCCCUGAAGUCCCGCGUCCAAUUUUGGCGGCAGCGUGGGAGUCAAACAACUACGACGCCGUGGAUGUUCUGUUGGACAUGGAACCAGACACAAGGGUUUUGUGGACGGACGACACAGAGUCCAAGAAUCCACCCAAACCUUUGUUUUUCCAGAUUAUUUGUGGAGUAACAGCUCCUCGAGAUGAGAAAAUCGUUCACCGUGUCCUCAAAGGAUCAGACCUGACAGCAAGAGAUCGUGAGGGUCACACAAUUCUCCAUAAAAUCAUUAUUCACGACAGACCGGAAAACGCAGCAGAAAACACGCUUAGAGUCGCCAUGUCUUAUGGUGCCGACAUCGCAGCACGUGACUGCAAUGGCCGCACGCCACGUGACUUGGCACAGAAACUUCAAAAGGAGCAUUAUUGUAAAUGUAUAGAUGAGUAUAUAAUCAAACUAGUCAAAGAUCGUCGUUUUGAUGACAUUGAGAAACUUAUUUUACACAACUAUAAUCAUCUGCUGGAUAUAACGGACAGCGGAAAUCGGACAUUAGUUGAGAUCGCCAAGAAAUACGGAACUCGCCAAAUUCACGAAGUAGUCAAACUCACAGCCGCCAUACAGGCGUAUGUGAAGCGUAUUUUCCAGGCAGUGGAUGAAGGCUCGGUGGAGGACAUUAAGAAGCUUCUGAGCUGUAAGAGGUACGCUAAUGUCCGGGACAAAUGUGGCCGAAGUCUUCUACACAGGGCCAUCCUCAAAAAACAGAAACCCGUCAUAUCCUUCCUCCUGGAGGAGUGCCCCAAUCACGUGACCACAGGAGACACGUUGGAUUUUACACCGCUACAUUAUAGCUAUCUGUUUAUACCAGAAGAGAAAGCCAUUAUUAAGAAGAUGAUAGACAAAGGAGCUCUAGUAAACAGAAGGGAUGCAUUUGGUCGUUUAGCUGCAGACCUUUCCGUUGAGAAGUGUGGCUCCCAGGAUUUUGGGCGGAUCAAAAAAGAGGUGGAGGAGUUUGAUCUCAACAUUUAUCUGACGGACAGUGAUUUCGAGCAGACCUUCAAAACAGCAAUACAGACUGGGGACUUUGAGACGGUGAAGAGUCUAAUGUCCGGUCUGCAGGCCUUUGGUGACGUCACACGAUAUAGCUCUACGCUGUUCGACUGUGUAGACAACAAACAGACAGAUAUUGCCAAGUUCCUCAUCACUAACGGUUUCAAGACAGACAUUUAUAAACAGUAUCAGAAAUGUGACCCUAACGAUCCAAUGUGCGCAAUGAUGGAGUGCGGACAUUCCAUGACGUCAUUAAAGGAACGAGCCAUUGAUAAAAAGUGUGACGAAGUAGUCAAACUAAUUGAAGAAGUUUCCCUCGGAAAGGUCAAAGUCCAAAAUGCACAACAGAACGGUUUAUCUAUGUAUGGAGUGUAAUGAUCGCCCUGCAUUACUGCAGAAUGCAUAGUACGCAAAACGCCCUUUAUAUUUCACUUCAUUCACAGAAUCAUCGGUUCAUGUAUCAUUUCAAUCAUUGAGACCUUUACCCCAAUUCUGUCGUUUUAUGUUUUUCUUAUGGAAAAUAUAUAUCGAGCUCCAUUUCUAAGCUUGAGCUCCUUUUUUUAAAUGAAUUUUCUUUUUUUCCUUCAUUUCUACUGUUUUGUUUGUAAGCAUUGCCGAUUUAUUUUUUUUACAAAUGUAGUUGUAUUUCAAUUUCGUUUUCACCCUCCUUCUUGAAAAGUAAUCCCAGGGUAUUCCACAACGUGUUCACAUCGUUUGCUUUUCAACAAAGAGAGACAACUCUCAAAACAAAAAGUGACUAAAGGAACUGCGUCCAUCUUUAGAGUUAUCUUCGUCAGUGUGUUGAUUGGUUACUGAUCAUCAUUGCCCUUAUCUAUAUUUAUAGAUACAGUGUGCCUAUGUUGAAAUAAAAUCUAUUUGUGCAAGCCCUGUUGAUCAAGUUUUUAAGGUUUCAUAAAGGUCAUUUUUUCUUUGUAGAAACUGUUUAAAGAAUUGCUGAAUGUUGAAAAUGUUUCAAAACUUGUGGCCUGAGAAGUACAAUACCUCAAACAAUGGUCAAAAUUUCAACAAUUUUCCAAUUAAAAAAAUAUUCCAUAUACUAACUAAUUGAGGAAAAUGCACCUUUGCAAAGGUGAUUCUUCUUAAAACUACAAGCCUUUUGAUCCUUCUGUUGCUAAACGAUAUUUAAAUUCAGAUGUUUAUGAAAUGCAUUAUAUAUCAAAAUAUAUUAUUUUUUAUUUUUAAUCUGAAUUUAAUGAAAACUUGCACUUCAUAAACAGUGAAAUUAUUUUUAUAUUAUUUUGCUAAUAAAUACCAUUUGGACAUGUAAUAACAAUUACUUGAAAAAGUGGUUUUGGAAAACAUUUUUUAACACUUUUUUUAAACAAAAACUUGUAAGGUUGUUCUUCACAGGCAACAUCAUUUAGGAUUUAAAAACCCCAGCAUUUGGUCAAUUUUAAACUUUCUACAAACUAAAAAAUUCCUUUGAUGGAGCCUUUAAUGUAAUGUACAAGCCUGAGUUGACUUUUUUUAUAUUGUUAUAUGUUCACCUCUUUGGUAGUGAUUAUAUUUGUUUUACUGUAGUUAUGGUUCCUGAAAAAAUAUGUAUAAUUGAUGAUUGAGCUUUAUUUUUAAGUAUCAUUGACUUUUUGGUGUCAUUUACGCUUUGAAGUUGAUCAUAAUAUUUUGAUGGUUGUUCCUAAAGAGGAAAGACUGCAUAAAAUCUUUAUUUUCCAAAGUUAACUGCGAUUACAGAUUUAUUUUUGAUUUUUCUAUUUAACUGAUACAAGAUAAAACCAGAAGUAUGUCCUUCCUGAUUAAUUUCAUUUAAUGAAAGCUUUAAUUAACUUGGUUGAACAUUUCUGAGGUUUGUUUUUCUUGACUUUGCAAUCAGAAUUAUGAGACUUACCAGUUCUUUGAUUUUUGAAGGCAUUUGUAAGUUAUAUAUAUUUUGCAUUGUCUUCAGUUUCUGUUCUGUCAUGUAUAGUCACAACAUAUCGUACACAUUCCAAAGAUAUAUUUUAUGUGUAUGUUGUUUUAUGUCUAUUGUUUAUAAGGAUAUUGUUUAAUAAAAUGAAAUUUACAAUGUAUUUUAUCAUUUAAUCACAUACACUAUUAUUUUACAACUUUUGCUGCAUAGGGAAAUAAUACAUAAAAAUGCCCACUUGUCAAAUGAAGUAAUGUUAUGUUGUAUUGUUUAGUUAAUAAAUAUUGGAGACCAUGUU